CGCGAGAUACACAAGUGCGCAUGCGCAUUUAUGUAUACUCCUAAUUUCGAAUCGAAUACGCCGGGUCGUGUAACUCGAGUAAACAAAUAUGGCGUCCAAUGCUAUCACAGCUCUUGUCAUAAGCAUUAUUGACGAUUUACUCGAUCUGGACGAUGAGGUUGACGAUGAUUUCAACGUGGCUAUGGCAUUUACGAAGCUACGAAGGGAUUCACCGAAGGUUUUUGGGUUUGUAGAGGAUGUAGUGCCACAAUACUGCGAUAGAGACUUUCGACGAGAUUUUCGCAUUAGCAGGAAUACAUUUGAAAGAUUAUCAGUUGAACUAACGCCACAAAUUGAAUACAGAGAAAGGUCUGAUGGUAAAGAAGGUCUUUCUGUCAGAAAGCAGAUACUGAUUUAUUUGUGGUACAUUAGCAACCAAGACAGCAUGCGCGAAAUUAGUAGGCUAUUUGGAACCUCGCCAUCAACAGUACACCGGUGUGUAAGGAGAGUGUCGGAAGCCUUGAGCAACAUUCGUCACAAGAUUAUUCAGUGGCCAGAUUUUGAGGGACAAACGUUGAUAUCUGAAGCAAUUGAAGAUAAAGUCGGCAUUCCAAACGUCAUAGGAUUUAUAGAUGGCACCCACAUAAGGCUGACGAAAGUACCAAGUAACGACACAGAUUAUGUUAAUCGAAAAGGGUAUCCUUCAAUCGUCUUGCAGCUGAUCGUAGAUGAUAGCCUCCUAAUAAGAGAUUGCUAUGUGGGCUGGCCAGGAUCGACGCAUGACGCACGGGUUUAUCGCAACUCGCCAAUAUACCAUGCACUGCAGAGAGGUCAUAUCAUUGAAGGAAACAACUUCAUAAUAGGUGAUGGCGCAUACCCCCUGUCCAGGUUUUUGAUGACACCUUUCAGAGAUUGUGGAAGAUUAACUGCUGCCCAGAAACAUUACAACCGUACAGUGUCGUCGAUCAGACAAACAGUUGAACGAGCAAUAGGACAUAUCAAAGGAAGGUUUCGUAGACUGCGAGAUGUAUACUGUGAAGAUAUCGAAGAUGUCUGUCAUUUAAUUGUAUCAGCUUGUGUAUUGCACAAUGUGUGUGUGCUGUGUGAUGAUGGUGUAGCAGACUACCUUGAUGGUAAUAUGGCAAACAAUAUUGUGAAUAACUAUCCUCCUGUAUUUCCAAACACCACUGCAGGUAUUAACAAGAGGAACCAACUUGUCCAGUUAUUGUCUUCUUAGGACACACUCAAUACCAAAAUCUAUUUACUGUGCAAGGAUUAUUCGCCAAGUUUUUGCAUGUUAAUGACAUUCAUUUUUUGUAUAAAUGCUUAAGACAAAUUCCAGACAAAUAAAGAAUAUAUGUCUGUGUGGAAUUGUAGCUUUAUGCACUAUAACAUGCUGCAAUUGAACAUUUCAACAAUAACACUGUAUUUUGAAACAAAAUUGAUUUAUUAAAAUGAUAAAUCUUCAUAA